AUGAAACGUCCAUUGUAUAAAAAACUUCUCUACCUUGUCACCAUCAACGCUGCUUUGCUGUACUCCAUCCAACAGUGGCCUAUAAAACUCCUGACAAGUUACUCCAACCAGAAUCUCAACUUCAUGAAUUUCAAUGAUAUUAACGAAAAUAAUUUGACGGCAAUAAAAUCCAUCAAACGAUUUGUAGUUAAGAAAAUACUGAUUGACACAAAUGCACUGGCCUGCUCACAUGUUCCUCGACCGUCCAUUGAAGAUGUUGAGAUUACUGAGGGUAGGUGGCAAGUAGACAGGCAAGGUUAUGAAAAACUCUACCUAUACUCCUCAUUUUACGACGACAGGCCUCUAGCUGGCACGCUCCCAACCAUUCGAGUAUUAACGAUGGCCACAAACGGCAAGCGAAUGGAUGUGUACUGUCACGUCUGGUUUGACGAUUAUUCAGACGAAGCAUUCGUCAUCAGAGCCGACGUGCAAGAAACAGGGAUGAACUCUUUUAUUUAUGAAUAUGUCGGUAGAAUCGGAGAGUUCACCAUUUCUUGUCAGUUACCGUUCAAGUAUUUGCACAUCACCGAUGAUCCGGUUUUAGUUCGGAAACUAUAUAAUUCAAGUUGCGAUGAGUUUUUCGAUGAGGUUGAUAAUGAGAAUGAGUUGAAAAUUGUUCACACUGAGCAUGAAAAAACUCUGCUGGUCUGCAACAAGCGUAACAUAAAUGAAAAGAAACAUAAAUUCAUUCCGAGAUAUGUGUCGUUAAGUAGGGGAGUACUCUGCAAAACUCCGAAACAACCCAAACAGUCACGAGGAUUUAACCAUCUCGAAAAAAAUUUUUUUUAUCAUUAUCAAAAGCAGCAACACAACCCAACGUCACCCCAUCCCGUUAAUAAUGUCACAAAAACCAUCUACCUCACUACGCUUCUGCCGGUUUACUACGACUUCCACGAGGAACCGCUACACGAGUUCUCAAUCUGCGUAGCGAACGGACACGACCGAUACGAAUCCUACCAGUUGCUUGAGUGGUUUGAGUUCUACAAACUUAUGGGCGUCAAAGAAUUUUAUCUCUACAAUACAAGUUACAUCGGAGUCGAAUCUCUCUUCAAGUAUUACCAAAGUAAAGGAACAUUGCUCAUGUCUCAGAUACCGCAUCCGUUAGGUCUCGAGCCGAGGGAUGAGAAAAAGAUAGAAAAAAUCCGAAACUUGCGAACUAUCUCUUUGAACGACUGCAUGAUGCGCAACAUGUACCGGUCCAAGUACUUAGUAGUUGUUGAUCACGACGAGUUCAUCGUCCCUCGCGGUGACGUCACUAACUUCCACGACCUCCUCUUGAGAGCGGAAAAAAGAGCAAAGGAACGGGACAGGCCGGUAAUGUCUUACGGAUUUUUAAACACGUACUUCUUCCUGUCGUUUAAGCCGGAUAAAUACAAAUCAAAUAAUUUCCGAACAUUUCGAUUUUUAUACCGAACCAUAUCAUUGCCGCCAUAUACAGCCUCAAAGUCAAUAUUAAGUCCACUGUAUUGCUUCAAUCUUAUGAACCAUUAUUGCUACACGAGGCUGCCUUUAUACAAUGGGUCUAUUUCAAUUUUCGUCUCAGAAGACCUGGCCCUCAGUCAACAUUAUAGAUUCUGUGGGAAGUUUUAUCUAUUUGAGACUUGUACUCAAUUGCAUAAUACAAAAAUGAGAGACGAGACCAUGUUGAAGUUUGAGAAAGUCAUUAGAGAAAAUGUUUACAAAGUUGCUGCAAUGCUUGAAUGA